AUGGCACAAUCGCCAUUGCUUUUCAUCGUCGCGGGAGCGGCCAUCUCCUACAUCCUAUACACCCGCAUCGCACUUUAUCUUGCGCGACAACGCUUCAAGAAAGAGAACGGCUGCCAACCAUGCACGGCGCAAUUCCACAAAGACCCUAUCUUCGGAAUCGACAAUGUCAAGGCCAUGGCGUACAACAGCAAGCACCAUAUUCUGCUGCAAGAGAACCGGAAGCGCUUCCAAAGGCUCGGCAACACCUUCCACAACAGAAUAAUUACUGAGCCUUUUAUCGCAACGUGUGAGCCAGAAAAUGUGAAGGCGAUAUUGAGCUUGAAGUUCAAGGACUUUAGCCUUAUACACAGGUCAACCUCUUUCACUCCUCUUUUGGGUCAUGGUAUCUUCAAUGCGGAUGGCGAGCGAUGGGCUAAUAGCCGUCACCUGCUGCGACCCAACUUCGCCAGAGAGCAAGUCGCCGACAUCGAGGCUUUUGAGCGCCACUUCAAGCUUAUGCUCAAACAUAUCCCAAAAGAUGGCUCUACUGUCGAUCUGCAAGAGCUCUUCUUCCGCCUGACGAUCGAUACCGCAACGGAGUUCCUCUUCAACCACUCUACCAACUCGCUCCGCAUGGUUGGCCAAGAUGACGGCAAUAACGAGGAUCUCAUCUUCAGCAAGUCGUUCAACUUCGCGCAAGAGGACAUCACGGUCCGCGCCCGUUAUGGUAUAUUCGAUCGAUUCCGGAAGAACGAGGAGGGCAAGAAGGCUAUCGACAUCUGCCACGCUUACAUUGACAAGUUUGUGGAUGAUGCUCUGCGUUUUAGACAGGAAUUGGACACGGAAAAGAGUGCUGGAAUCAAGGACGACAAGUACUAUUUCAUUCAAGAGGUGGCCAAGCAGACUACCGACCAGAAGCGGAUUCGCGAGGAACUCAUCAACAUCCUCCUUGCAGGACGCGACACGACAGCCAGUUUGCUCAGUAACAUGUUCUUUGAGAUUGCCAAGAGGCCUGAUAUCUAUGCGAAGCUGAGGGAUGAAGUUGCAACGCUUGAGGGUCGCACACCAACGUAUGAGGAAUUGAGGAACCUAAAGUACCUCAAAUGGUGUCUCAACGAAUCACUCCGCAUUCACCCAGUCGUACCCGGUAAUUCUCGUCGAGCCAUCCGUGACACUGUACUGCCCCGGGGUGGCGGUCCAGACGGUCAAGCGCCCUUGUUCGUACCCAAGGGAACGACGGUCGGAUACUCGCCGUACACCAUGCACCGCCGCCACGAUCUCUACGGCCCAGAUGCGGACGAAUACAAGCCUGAGAGAUGGGAGACACUCCGUCCGGGCUGGGAAUACUUGCCUUUCAACGGCGGUCCACGUAUUUGUCUCGGCCAGCAGUACGCGCUUACCGAAGCGAGCUACGUGACAGUCCGCAUGGUACAAGAAUUCAAGACUAUGGAGAGCAGAGACCCCGAAGUGUGGCGAGAGAGUCUGACACUGACUCUGUGCUCGAUGAACGGUACCCAGGUGGGUCUUACGCCUGCCUAG